CCGCGAUUGUCCUCAUUCAUUAUACUCAAGCGGGUGUACUUGAAGCGACAGUCUACUUCUUUUUUUCCUUAUCUUCGUCCUCCGGCGGAUACACACCCCUGCGCCAACGUCAUGAAGUUCCUCGUCCUUUCGUGCACCCUGCUCGCGCUGGCCGUCGCGCAACCGGCCAAACAUGAGAACUGGAAGAGCGCCAUGGACGAGAUGGUCGAUCACAGCAGGUCAGAGUGCUCGCAGAAGAACGACGAGGUCGCGUGCAUGAAGUUCAAGAUGUUCAAUCUGCUUGAUCAGAUCUUUAGCAAGGAUAACUUCAAGGUGUCCGAGUCAGUGGAAGUUACGCGCAACUCGCACCCCGUCGAGGAGGUGUCCGCCCGCAGCGAAAUCUCCUUCCUCGACACUGUGCAGAACUACUUGUCCUCUCAUGACGUGACCUUUAAGCUGCCGCUGGACUCCGCCGUGAAGGUGAGCUCGCGCAAUAUCGAGGACGAUCAGCUCACCUUCGACGUCAAGUUCGGCCAGGGCCGCGCCGUCGACGAGGCCCGCAGGUCCAAGCUGAAGAAGGUCGUCAUCCCCAUUCUCGUAUUCGUCCUGCUGAAGGCGAUGACCUUGAUCCCCCUGGCUAUAGGUGUACUGGGCUUGAAGGCCUGGAACGCCCUGCAGCUCUCGUUCUUCAGCUUCAUCGUGUCGGUCGGCAUGGCCAUCUUCCAGCUGUGCAAGAAGAUCGCCGCCGACAGUCACGGCGCGCCGAUCGCCCAUGGACCUUGGGAGUACCAGGCUCAAUACAGGUCCUUCCAGGAUCAGAAUCAGCUGUCGUCGUCGCAGCUCGCGCACAAUCUCGCGUAUUCCGCUCACGCGCAAUCCUGAACGUCGCUGCCGUCCUGUCGUCGGCGCUUUUGUAAAAUACUUAGCUCUCUCUUCCUACUUGUACUGUUUAUUUAAUAAAUUAUUAUUGCAAGUCA